AUGUGCAUGCUGCCGAAAGGGAUCAAGGAACGCCCUUUCACGGUCAGCGCCGCCGGCCAGACGUACAAGCAGACAGAUCGGUUUGUGUACCUCGAACGUAUCAUCUCCGCGGACGGGAAGGCCGACCGGGAAAUCACGAGCCGCAGCUGCCGAGCGUGGAAGUGCUACCGCCGGAACAGUGCUUCGAUGUACGACAGGCGACGGGCCAACCGCCAGCUCAAGAUCCGGCUACUUCAGUCUGAAGUGGUGGAGACUCUCCUGUAUGGGUGCGCCUCGUGGAGCCUAACAGCGGACCACUACACGAAGCUCAAUGGGACCCACCGCCAGUUCCUCACACGGUGCAUCGGCUGGAGCAAGCGGAAACGCUCAGACCGCCCCCUGUCCUAUGCCCAGGCCCUCAUCCAGGCAGGCUGCGAGGAAACCAUCGAGGCCACCGUGCGCAAACGGAGACUGUGUUUCGCGGGCUUCGUUAUGCGCAUGGAGGACAACCGCCUCCCCAAGCGCAUGCUGCUAGGAGCGAUGGGGGGGGGCGUGGGAUCCCGGGGCGGGCAGGAGAGCGACUGGGUGUCUUGUCUAGGAGAGGACCUCGUGGCCUUCAACAUGGGAGACGAAAAGGAAGGGGGGAAAUGGAAAGAGAGCGCCAAGGACCCGGAGGUGUGGUACAACAAGGUCGAGGACGGGGUGGCAUGCCUCAUGAGGGAAUGGCACAGGCACGAGGCGGAAGCGUCCGUGAAGCGCCAGCGCGAGGGAAGCAGAAGCAGAGAGUACGGCCAUCUCAGGACCGCAGGGAAAGAGAAUCGGGGAAGCGGCGGUGGGGAGGUGUACUCAUAG